UAACCCCGCCGUCUCUUGCAUUAGGUCUGAAACUUCGCUCUCCCCAUUUCUGCAGUACUAAAAGUUGUUCCUCAACAAUCCCCUUUUCAAUUACUUAGUGAUGGCUCCCAAACGAUCGAAGAUUUCAAGGGUCGACAGAAUCAGCAAUUUGCCCGACUCGCUGCUCCUCAUGAUCCUCUCGUUGCUUCCAUUUGAAUUAGCUGUGCGCACUAGUGUUUUGUCGAAGAGAUGGAGGCCUCUUUGCAUGUCCCUAAAGAAUCUUCGCUUCAACGAUAAGAAGGUUCGUAAGACUACAGUCCAGUUUAAAAGUGCUGUUGAGAGGUUCUUAAUGCAGAGGCCUAAGGGUUUGAAUCUUGAUCAAUUCGGUCUGGUUUGUGGAGGGAGUUACGAAUUUGAGAAAGUCGAUGAGUGGAUUCGUAAAGUACUUGACCACAAAGUGAAAGAUUUGAGCCUCAGCUUUUGUUUUAGGGGUGGGUCGUAUGUUUUGCCUCCGGAUGUAUAUGCCUAUGAAGGUUUUGAAAUUUUAAGAUUGAAUAGCAGAAUCUUGAUUGAUAUUCCAAAUGAAAUUAGUUUUUCUAGGGUUAAGGUUCUUGAGUUUGUGUAUGUUAAGUUUUCGAGUUAUGAGUCGGUUAAGGACCUUUUGCUCAACUGUCCAGUGCUGGAAGAUUUGGUUAUUGUCAAGUGUGAAGCCCGUGGCGGCUCUUGUCUCUCGAUUUGUGGAUCAGCGUUGAGGAAUUUGAAGGUGAAAUGCAAUGAGCUUGCUAUUGGAGCUGCCAAACUUGAUAUUGUGAUAGAUACACCGGGAGUAGAGACUCUCAAAAUUGCAGACGAUACAUGGGCAAAUAUCUUUGUUAAGGACACUUUGUUGUCUCUCAGAACCGCUCGUAUUGAUGUCGGUAUGGAACGAAGGACUUUUAACAAGUCCGUGUUCAGGCUUCUUGAUAAUAUUUAUCAUGUCAAGUUUUUGACUCUAACUGAUAAGGUUGUUGGGGUCCUCGAUGAAUGUGCACCUGAUUCAUACAAGAUAGCAUACAAGAUAUAAACUGAAGAAGACAAGUCGCUGCUACUCACGAGUGAUCAUGAUUAGCGAAAAGGAUUCUUGCUAUACAAGAGCUGCACCCAGUUUCGUCAUUUUAUUGUUGAAUAUUUUUUCUAUAUUCGAGUAAAAACGGAUUAACUCCUGUCUUUAUUAAUAUUAGCUCAAUUUCAGAUAAGCGGUACUGGUUUCAAGUAACAUUACCAUAUUCUGGAUGUGAAAUAAACAAAGAUUAUAGGAGAGCUUUCUAACUUGUGGUUGUUUUCUUAGUAACAUUACCGUACAAGUCAUUCUUGCAUGCAGUGUUAUUAUUUUAUGAUAUAAAAUUAUUAGAGUUAAAUUUCAA